UCAAACUACUUGACAGUAACAGUUUAACAUAAAACUUUAUUUAUUGAUUUAGUUAAAGAAAAUAUUUUUACCAUGGAGUUUGAUUUUAACAUCAAUAUGCUUUUUGGCGAUGUCGUAAGCAAAGUCGACCAUAGAGUGAUGCCGUUUAAUCGAUCGGCUGACCUAUUUAAAGAACAUCGCAGCCUUAUGAUGAAAGUGCUUGAUAGGAUGGGAGAGGCUUCUGCCAAGGCUCAAGGAUUACAUGGACCAAUAACAUCAGGCAGAAAACUGGAGUUGUCAGAUCAUCACUUGUAUAUCAUGAAGGACCCGGAUAAAAAUGGUAGCUCUGGUGUGGUGAUUGGGUUUAUAAAAGUUGGUCGUAAGAAGUUAUUCGUGUAUGAUAACAACGGUGUGCAGCACGAGAUGAACCCGCUGUGCGUCCUCGACUUUUACGUUCAUGAGUCCCGGCAGAGAAGGGGGUGUGGCAGACGAUUGUUUCAGCAUAUGCUUCAGAGUGAGUCAGUGAAAGCCCAACAUUUGGCUAUAGACAGGCCCUCUGCCAUGUUCACUGGGUUUUUACAGAAGCACUAUGGACUUAAGGUUGUUGUUCCACAAGUCAACAAUUUUGUAGUCUUUGAUGGCUUCUUCAAAGAGAGAACAGACAUGCUGGGUCGUGGUGGGAGGACAGGUUCUGCAGGCAGACCCCCCGUUUUCCCUUACAGGAGACCAGAUGUUCACAGUAGAGGAGGCCAUGAUCAGAUUGACCGCUUCGGCAGACGGACGUACCACCCGCCCUCCACACGACCGCCCUCUGGCAGGAGACAGAGUUCAGCCACUAUCAAAAUAGAACAAGAGAAGUCUGCUUUGAAAGAUGUCUGUGUGAGACCAUUACCCAUGGAGGUAGAAACAAAGACACACGUCCAAUCUGACCUAUGCAGGAAAACACCUCCACUUGAAUCUUUACAUCUAAAUCUGAACGGUUUGACACGACGACCUGGUAGUCAGUCAGGCAUGACUGCAGGGGUCAGUCGGUAUAGCCGACAUGGCAGAAGUAGUGCAACUCCUCCUCCUCGGCAAAACAGUGCAAACCGGUCCAGACAAAAUAGUGCCACACAGCAGAGACAGAGGGAUGUUAUGAUCUCAAAUAAUGCAGUCAUUGCAGCCCCAGAUGUGAAUGGAAAUAUUGGAAUGACAAAACGAGAAACCACUCCCCCGUUACUACGUCGGGAAGUGACACCUGUCAAUCACCAUGACUACAUGACGAGAGGAGGGCACUUGAAACUGGCACCAAAUGCAACAGUCCCAAGUCUUCCAAGUGUGAACACUCACCAAGCAACCUGUAAAGAGCCAACCAGUGCCAUGUCAAAAGCAGACAGUUUAGCCAGAAAUUUGACAUCAAAUACAACAUGGACAGUGUUUGGUAUUAUACCUUCAGGAUAUCAACAUAGACAGUACAGUCAACACAAAUAUCAUCACACAAAACUGUGGUGAUGCAGGGGGAUGUGUUCGGUGUUAUGCCUUCAGGAUAUCAGCAAAGACA